CUGGCCAGUGACUGUGGUCGACGUAGCUGUGUAUCACAGACUGUCAUGCAUAUCAACACAUGAGGGACCUGCCUCUGUGGGUGAAGCCGGCAGAGCUCGGUACAAACCGGGAGGCUUCACGGCUCCCAUCACCGGCAGAGAACCGCUGCCCACCGCCGUCCUCCUGCCAGGACGAACCCGCGUGAAUUUAUUCCACAGUCUCAUUAGAAGAUGGAUGGGUGGUGCCGGAUCACUGAGGGAGGGCGGGAAAGGGGAUUUAACACUUUGUCUUCAACACAGUGAGGAUAAUGCCAAUAAAAAAAGACACGUGAACGCCUCAGCAUCACAAUGUCCUCCUCAGAGGAGAGGGAGGAGGUUCCAGGUCUGCAGCUAAGCUCUGUCUUUGGGAGCGGUGUUGUCAAACCACAGACCCCCCACUUCCUGUCUGAGGAUGCUGAACCACAGGAGCCUGCUGAACAUUAUCCAACAGAGACAGUGUGUCUGAGCAGAACUCAGCUGAAACAUGUUUCACAGAGUAUUUUGAAAAAUAGCACACUAAAGUAUUUAUAUCUUGAAGGCAACCAGAUCUCCAGCAUCCCAGACUCACUGUUCAUCAGUUUGCCCAGCCUGCAGUGGUUGGACCUGAGAAAUAACCAGAUUGUGUCGCUCCCUGCUGAAAUUGGCUCACACAGGUCUCUGAAGGCGUUACUGCUGGAGGGGAAUCCGAUCUCAGAACUUCCACCAGAGUUGGGAAACGUGAUCACCCUCAAAGGCCUGAACCUGAGGAACUGCCCCAUCACCUUCCCUCCACCAGACAUCGUGCACCAGGGUCUCCAGAGCAUCCUCCAGUACCUGAGGAGCGCUAUGGCUCAGCGACCGGUUAGCGUGAGGAAGGCCCCUCCAGAGCUGCCAGUGGUGGAGAAGCUCCAGCUGACGGAGCUGCAGGAGUCCAGCGUGGAGGAGCAGGAUGAGUCGGUGGACGAGGACGAGCUGCAGAAGUUCAAGGAGCUGAAACACAAGAUGAUGCUGCUGGACAAAGCUGAGCUGGGUUCAAAAGCACAGAGUGACAGAAACCUGACGCCACGACUUCUCUCUCUUACCAAGAGGAAAAAGGCAGCGACCGGGGCCGGUGUAAUUCCUGAGCUCCCUCUGUUUGACAGUCCGCACUGGAAGAGGCCGGAGGAGAGGAAACAGGCGGCGAUGAAGGAGCUGAAAGAGAAACAGGCUGUUCUGGAGCAGAGGAGGAAAAACCAGGAGGCCCUGCGGACGUGGCGUUCACAAGCCAAGAUCACACAGGAGAAGAAAACGUCGGAGCACAGGCAGAAGAAGAGCGAGAGACAAAGAAAGCCAGAGGAGGCAGAGGCUGGUUUAAAUCCUGGUGUGGAGGAGGAGAGCGGUGACACUCCUCAGAGAGAGACAACCACCAUCCCCAUCACAGAGUGUGAGGAGACCAGAUCGGCCCGAGAGCUCGAGCGGCAGAUCCGAGCCCGAGUGGAGAAGAUGCAGGAGAGACGCAGGAAUCCCAGAGGAACAGCCAGCGAACAGAUGGCAGCGGCAGAGCAAGACGUGGAGGAGAUGAGGAAGUUACAGACACGGCUGCUGGAGAGGAAGAGAAAUCGAGGAAGAGAUCUUGGAAAUUGUUUUACCAUCUUCACUGGAGACGCCCGGCCCAGCUUCCUCGACAAGUGACAGAUAACACAUCAGUUUCUGAUGUGUAAUAAUCCCUUCAUGAAUAAGCACUGUAACACUAUCCUGAAAUAAAGAUCACAAAGCUGCUGA